AUGAUAAAAGCGAUUCUUGUCAUCAACAAUCAUGGGAAACCACGUCUUCUCAAAUUCUAUCAGCACUAUUCGGAGGAAAUGCAGCAGCAAAUCGUUCGAGAAACAUUCCAGCUAGUAUCGAAGCGUGACGACAAUGUCUGCAACUUUUUGGAAGGUGGCACCUUGAUUGACGGCAACGAUUAUCGUCUGAUCUAUCGACACUACGCAACACUCUACUUCAUUUUCUGUGUAGAUUCGUCAGAAUCAGAGCUAGGAAUUCUCGAUUUAAUUCAAGUUUUCGUCGAAACCCUCGAUCGCUGCUUCGAGAACGUUUGCGAGCUAGACCUAAUUUUCCACGUGGAUCGUGUUCAUCACAUUCUCGGAGAGAUCGUAAUGGGCGGAAUGGUGCUGGAGACGAAUAUGAAUGAGAUAUUACAAAGGAUUCAAGAACAGGACAAGAUUCAAAAACAAGAAGCGGGAAUCACGGCGGCGCCUGCCCGAGCAGUAUCAGCAGUGAAGAAUAUGAACAUUUCGCAGCAAUUGAAAGACAUCAAAUUGCCCGAUCUACCAUCGUUGUCUAAUUUGAAAAACGCAUUUUGA